AUGGCUAUGUAUGUGUAUGGCAAACGCAUCCGACCCGAGCGCUUGGCGGUGCUCGUGGUGGCAGCUGUGGUAUUCACGGUAUACUUAUACGUGUACAGCCUACCAAACAUUCUACCAGAGGUGGUGGAUGACAAAAAAUCACUGGUUGUGCUGUUACCCCGUCGUCAGGGCAUUGACAAUAUUGACCAACAAUUUCUUGAGUACAUGGACUCUAAAGUGACCAAAUGUCCCGACUAUACCAAAUACUCUGAGCUAUCACAUGAGCCUUUCUCCAAAGGACCCUUGAAGUACGCAUAUAUGAGACCUGCUCCCAAAUGUCGGACUUUUGUUUCGUCAGCUGUGGAGUACGUAAUUGAUGAUUUGAAGAAGAAAUUGAAAGACGAGGACUUGGGCCGGUUGGUGGAGAAUUGCUUACCGAACACGUUAGAUACCGCCAUUUUAUGGCAUGUUCCCACGGGAGAGAAAAACACAGCAAAACAGGUUCCAACACCCCAAACCUUUAUUGUGACAGGUGACAUCCAUGCCGAGUGGUUGAGAGAUUCCGCUCGUCAAAUGUCAGCGUACCAACCAUUUGUCAAGUACGACACAAAACUACAGGAGUUGAUUAAAGGUGCCAUCAACACCCAGCUGUUAUAUCUAUGGAACUCUCCGUAUUGCAAUGCAUUCCACCCACCAACAGGGUCUGGUAUUAAGAAAGGCAAUUCGGCUAUUGAUAAGGUGCAUCCUCGUCCCGAUUGGAGACAUGUAUUUGAGUGCAAAUACGAAUUGGACUCGUUGGCAUCGUUCUUGACGUUGUCCAAUGAAUACUACGCUAAUUCAGGUGACAUGUCUUUUGUGAACGACGCUUGGUUACAAGCAUACAAUCAAAUCCUCUCCGUGUUGAGAAGAGAGUCGUCGCCAACUUUUAACCAGCGAACGGGCCUGGUGUUACCAUUUUACUAUACCUUCCAAAGAGACACCAAUAUUGGAACUGAAACGUUACCAUUGGCAGGAACUGGAAACCCUGUUAACUAUGGUACCGGACUUAUCAGGUCAGCCUUCAGGCCUUCUGAUGAUGCCUGUAUUCUCCAGUUCUUCAUCCCGGCAAACAUGCACAUGUUAACAGAAUUGAAGACAUUAAGAACCCAAAUUUUGAACGAGAAAUUACAUGUGGAUUCUAAACUCGAUAUCAAUGCGAUGAUUGCUACAACAGAUACAGUUAUCAAGAAUGUCGAAAUUGGUAUAAAUCAGCACGGGAUUGUCGACCAUCCGAUAUUCGGCAAGGUUUAUGCUUAUGAGGUUGAUGGGUACGGAAGUUCGAUAUUCAUGGACGAUGCCAAUAUCCCAUCGUUAUUAGCUGCCCCAGAUAUGGGGUAUAUUGAACUAGAAAACAAAGUGUACCAAAACACCCGGAAAAUGCUUCUUUCCAAGAACGGGAACCCAUACUACUUAAAAGGAAGGUACUUUAGUGGAAUUGGAGGGCCGCAUAUCGGUAUUAACAAUGCUUGGCCAAUGUCUUUAUUGGUAGCCAUGCGUACCACCAAUGACGAUGAGGAGAUCUUGAGAGAUUUGAAGCUUGUUAUGGAAUCCACGGCAGGAUUAGGUUUGAUUCACGAGAGUGUACAAGUGAAUUCCAGGGGUGGUAAUGCUUAUACACGAAGUUGGUUUGCCUGGGGCAAUUCCGAGUUUGGAAAGACUAUUUUGCAUCUUGCGAAGCACAAGCCGCAUUUGAUAUUUAAGGAAGAGUACCACCAGCCUUACGACAUAGACAAGGUGUUGCAAGAGUUCCAAGCACAGCAGAAGUAA